AUGACAGAUACAGAUAUUUCAUCAUCACAAUCACCAGUAUUACAAGGAAAUGAUACUCUUGAUGGUUUACAUAUUGGUAUUAGUGGGUUAAUAGGUGUUGGAAAGACAACACUUUGUACAGCAUUAGGAAGAGUAUUAAAUUUACCAACUUAUUAUGAACAAGUAAUUGAUAACAAAUACUUGGCAGAUUUCUAUCAAGACCCAAAAAAAUAUAGUUUUCCAUUACAAAUCUAUUUGUUGAAUAAUCGAUUCCGUCAACAACAACAAAUCAUAUGGCAAGGAAGAGGUGGAGUACAGGAUCGUACCAUUUACGAAGAUUCUGUAUUUGCAAAGAUGUUGAUGGAAAGUGGUUUGAUGGAAAAGCGAGACUAUGAAACCUAUUGCACUCUCUUUUCUAAUCUCUCCAAUUUCAUGAGAAAGCCAAAUCUUAUCAUUCACUUGGACGUGUCACCAGAGGAAUCACUCGAACGUAUCAAAAUGAGAGAUCGUGACUGUGAAAAGACUGUCACUCUCGAAUACUUGACCAACCUCAAUCGUGCAUACCAAGAAUUCCUUCAAGACAUUUCAAAAUAUGUUGCCGUCAUUCGUGUCAAUUGGUCACAAUUCAAAGAUGCUGAAUCUUUGGCUCUUAAAAUUAAACAAGAAUAUUUAAAGAUGAGAUUUAUUCAUGAUGUUGAUUUUUCAAACAAUACCUCAUCUCCAACAACAACUACCAACAAUAUUACUACUACAACAACUUCAAAUUCAUCAUCGUUUAAAUACUGA